UCACCUCCACUCGUGUAGGCGCUCUUAAACCGCGGCGUUUACGCGCGGCAGCCAGUCGUUUACGGGCACCUCUUGCGUCUACGGAUAUCUACCAGCUAAUCUCCACCUUAAUAAGAUGAGAUAAAGGGACAAGUGAGCAUAGCUCGCACCGAGAGAGGAGACAGCAGGGGGAGGGAGAGUAAGAGAGAGCGAAGAAUGAUGAAAGAGGGGAGGAGAGCGGAUCAUUCCGGCUGGCCGCCCCUACUGCUCUAGUGGAGGGGAGAGAGGGAGAGAGAGGGAGAGAAGGAGAGAGAGAGAGAUGGCACAACGCCUCAGCAUCCGAAACACACGGGAGUGGUGCGCCACCGACACCGGAGCUCUGGACUCAUCCGAAGCAGCGUUGCACCCUCACCACUCCCCUCUCCCCGCACGGCGGUGCCUCGUGGUCGGUUAAAGAGGUUGGCUAAGCCCUAAGGAUGCGAGUUGUUUUCAAUCAGCACAGUAGUUACCAGCUGUGCCCUCACAUUCCCCAGGGUGGCACAACCAAGAUAUUAAUCAUCGCCCACCUCCAUCUGCGCACGUGAUUCCACUACGAGGACUGGGAGUCGAGCACCUCGGCUACUUUGCUUCAAUCAAGACCUUUGUUCCCUGACAUCCGGCACAGCUCCCUUAUCCGACUGCCAUGGUGACAUGACACACACCUGAGUGGCUUUGUGGGUUUGCUCCUGUCUCACGCCUAGUCAAUCGCUCGGGUUUCCAGAAACGCUCUGUCUCCUGGACUUGCUCGCUAGACUUCAACAAACUACAAAAGACGUCCCUUCUUCCUGCGCACGACCCCUCAACAGGUUGCAAUGACUGUGGCCGUCCGAUUCCGCCGCCAUUUACGAAGGCUCUUGCUCUUAUUGGCCUCCUGCUGUCUCGUCUCCCUGCUCCUCUCUGCCUAUUUUCUCUUUACGAACUCCUCCCCUUCCAUGCAGCUCGGACAAUCCCCUGAGCCCGCCUGCUCCCAGCCGCUCUCCAUGUCCCCGUAUCGUCAGCUUCCGUACCCCUAUCCUCCCAACCCUCCUCACACACAUGUCUACACUGACCAAGUAGUUUUGGUACUGGUGGAGUCCCAGUACUCCCAGCUUGGCCAAGACAUUGUAGCUAUACUGGAGUCGGCACAUUUCCAGUUCCGGAUGGAGAUUGCUUCAGGAAAGGGCGACCUUCCGCCACUUACAGAAAAGGGCCGUGGACGAUUUUCGCUCAUCAUUUAUGAGAAUCUGUUAAAGUAUGCAAAUGCAGACACGUGGAACAGACAGCUGUUGCAUCAGUACUGUACUGAGUAUAGAGUGGGCAUCAUCGGUUUCUAUCGCUCCACGGAAAACUCCCCAUCUACUCUCAAACUGCGAGGACUACCGCUGGUGCUUAGGACCAACCAGGCGCUUUGGGACUGUUGUGUGGUCUCUAGUUCACCUCUUCUCCACCUUACCAAACCCGGGACAGAUCGAGGACCUUUACCCGGUGAAGACUGGACUUCAUUCUCCUCUAAUCACUCCACAUACCAGGCGGUGCUGCACGCACGGGCUAAGGAGGGUGGAGGCGCAGGCAGCGGUGAUAAUUCAGGGCCUGGGUUCAGUCAAGGCCUCCAGGCCACAGUGGUACAGGACAUGGGACUAUACGAUGGGGUGAGGAGAGUGCUUUUUGGCCAGGGACUGGCCUACUGGCUCCACAGACUCAUCCUGGUGGAUGCCAUUUCCUACCUCACAGACAGGAAGCUUACUUUGGGUCUGGACCGGCACAUACUGGUGGAUAUAGAUGACAUUUUUGUGGGGAAAGAAGGGACACGCAUGAAUGCCAAGGAUGUGAAGGCUCUCCUUGAUACUCAGAAGCAGCUUCGUUCUCAGAUCUCCAACUUUACCUUUAAUCUGGGCUUCUCUGGGAAGUUCUACCACACAGGCACAGCAGAGGAGGACGAGGGAGACGAUCUGCUACUGAAGUAUGUAGAUGAGUUCUGGUGGUUCCCCCACAUGUGGAGCCACAUGCAGCCUCACCUCUUCCACAAUGAGUCCUCACUGCUGGAGCAGAUGGUCCUCAACAAAGAGUUUGCUCUGAACCACAACAUCCCGGUUGAUAUGGGCUACGCUGUGGCCCCUCACCACUCGGGUGUCUACCCGGUCCACCUGCAGCUGUAUGAGGCUUGGAAACGUGUGUGGAACAUUCGGGUCACCAGCACUGAAGAGUACCCCCACCUCAAACCUGCCCGCUACCGUAAGGGCUUCAUCCACAACAGCAUAAUGGUGCUGCCUCGCCAAACGUGUGGCUUGUUUACUCACACCAUCUACUAUAAGGAAUACCCCGGAGGACCAAAAGAACUGGACAAAAGCAUCCGUGGGGGAGAGCUGUUUCUCACCGUGCUGCUCAACCCAAUAAGUAUAUUCAUGACCCACCUAUCUAACUACGGCAAUGAUCGACUGGGGCUCUACACAUUUGUCCACCUGGCCUCCUUCCUUCGCUCAUGGACGAACCUGAAGCUUCACACCCUCCCGCCGCUCCAGCUUGCACACAAAUACUUUCAGCUCUUUCCUGAACAAAGAAACCCACUCUGGCAGAACCCGUGUGAUGACAAGCGACAUAAAGACAUCUGGUCUAAAGAAAAAACCUGUGACAGAUUACCCAAGUUCAUGGUAAUAGGACCACAGAAAACAGGAACGACAGCACUUUAUCUCUUCCUACUCAUGCAUCCCUCCAUCUCCAGCAAUUUCCCAAGUCCAAAGACUUAUGAGGAGGUCCAGUUCUUCAAUACCAACAACUACCACAAAGGAAUUGACUGGUACAUGGAGUUUUUCCCCGUGCCCUCCAAUGUUAGCACAGACUUCCUAUUUGAGAAGAGCGCCAACUAUUUCCCCUCAGAGGAGACCCCACGGCGAGCUGCUGCCCUGCUACCCAAGGCCAAGAUCAUCACCCUGCUCAUCAACCCUUCUGACAGGGCCUACAGCUGGUAUCAGCAUCAGAGGGCUCACGAGGACCAUACAGCCCUGCGCUUCACCUUCUAUGAUGUCAUCAGUGCGAAAAAGGGUGCGCCAGCCGAGCUGCGCUCCCUGCAGAACCGCUGUCUCAUCCCUGGUCUGUACUCUACACACCUAGAGAGGUGGCUCACGUACUACCCUGCUAACCAGUUGAUGAUCAUAGAUGGCCAUCAGCUGAGAACUGACCCUGCAGCAGUGAUGGAUGAAGUUCAGAAGUUCCUUGGUGUCACUCCCCAUUUCAACUACUCCCAGGCCCUUACCUUUGACCCUCAGAAGGGCUUUUGGUGCCAGCUCCUGGAUGGAGGAAAGACUAAAUGUUUGGGGAAAAGCAAAGGAAGGAAGUACCCCCCUAUGGAGCCAGAGGCACGGGCAUAUCUCUCCAGGUACUACAGAGAACACAACGUGGAGCUGUCAAAGCUGCUGCACCGGCUCGGACAGCCUCUUCCCUCUUGGCUGAGAGAGGAGUUGCAGAAGAUAACCUUUGCAUCCAUGAGCCAUGGUUAAAAGUCUUGGGGUCAGGGACCAGGAAAGCGACCAGGAGCACCUAACCUUCAGAUGCACUGUCUGUGGCCUUUUAGUGCACCCUGAGGUGAAAGCGAGGACGGAGCGCCUUGGUUCACCGAAGAGCUGUGACCCUGCUGAAGGGACCAGAAGUAAUGAAAGCGCAAAGAAACUUUGUGAGUUGAUACAGAACUCUCGGAUGGAUGGGUAGAUGGGUGGGUGGGUGGAUGGAUCUGUCAGAUGAAUAGACAGCUCUGAAAAAAUGGGACUAAAGGAAAGAACCACAUGACAACAGUGACGCAAACUGUGGGGGACAAAGAGAAUUUGGAAAGUCUUUGAUGCCCAAACCCUGUUCCGGUGAAUUCUCGUGCACACCUGCAGUAAAUUCAGUGAUCAAUAAUUUUUAUUUUAUUAUCACCUUAAAUUAUGUUGCCAGAACAGCGCUGGUCAGCUGUGCGUGGUUCUCAUAGACGUGAGUUUGCACUAUGUUCUGCUCUAUGUAUCUCCAAUACAAAAACACAUGCUUUGAGGUCUCUUUUUACCUUUUUUUUUUUUUUUUUUUUUUAAGUUUCCUGUUUUAAUGAAAGAAAGAAAGCAAGGAGGACACAUGCAUAGACUCAGGGUGAGAGAAAAACUGUUACUUUCCAUGCUAGGUUCUCAUUUUUUGUGAUUUUUCUUUCUUUUUUUAAGUACAGCUAGUUUUUGGUAGAUCUGGUAGCUUUGUUAACCCGUAGAGAUGUCACUUGUGGCUUUAGUGGGAAAGUUUGGACUGUACAUGAGUCACUGAAGCAAAAAGAAUUGCCUGCUCAUUAUUUUACUGUGACAAGACAUCCAGGGGAACAUGUGUCCAUUAAGCAAAGAAUGAGUGCUGAUGAUUUUAGCUCUGAGGAGAUACAAGUUUGUGGGUGGAAGUCAGCCUAGUGGCUAUGACAGUUAAAGUAGCUAUGCUAACUGCAGGCAGUUUUUGUUUUGUCGGUGUCUCAGUUAAGUCUCAACUUGACUUUUUCUUCCCCUUUUUAAAAGCAGUGGCCUCUGUUCUUUAGCUUCAGUUUGAAUGCAAAAUCCCUAAAUGUCAAACACAAAAACCAAAAUUAAAGAAAUGGAUAUGACUGACAGCUGAUAUUUUUUAACGAGUAUUAUAUUAUUGUAUUACCUAAAUGCGGGAUCAUACCUGAAGCCACAUUUGUGAACUUACACUAUGCUGUUUCUACUCUUCUAAGGUAAGUGAAAAUGACA